UUCUACUCAACCUAUUAAACCUAAAAUUAUAUUCUUGCCGGUUAAAUUACACAUUCUACUCAACCUAUUAAACUUAAAAUUAUAUCCCCCUCAGAAUGGCAAAGAAUGUUGCGCACUCCCCCUCAGAAGCCUCAUAUGACCAGAGGCUAGCCAUGGCCAAGCAAUACUCUCAUGAGGGCGUUGUAGCUGGAGCGAAGGCUGGUCUUGUUGCUGGAGUUAUAACCGCCAUCCCAACUAUAGCAAGCGCUAAAAUGCUCCCAUGGGCAAAGGCCAAUCUUAACUACACUGCUCAGGCUCUCAUAAUAUCAACAGUGGCAGGAGCAACAUAUUUCAUAGUAGCAGAUAAAACAGUUUUGAAAUUGGCACGUCGCAAUUCCUUCCGUUGAAAUGAGAUGUAAGCUCAGACCCUACUAUUUAACGGAAUUUACUAAGCAAGAUAAUGAUGAAAUGAAAUGCAGAAUAAAAGAGGGUAAAAUCGUGAUAUUUUAAUUAACGAACGCAUGAUUAAAAAUAAGUUAUCACUACG